UCAUCACUUUAAUUGACAAGCCAUUUGAAUGUAAGGCUUACCGAUUAAUUAAUACGAGUAUCUAAAUUUGCUAGUCAUAUUUGUUUGUAUUGAAAAAAAAAAAUAGAAACAUCUACUACUUACUCGUAAUUAAUUUGGACUGCACAUAAUCAAUUAAUGAAACUUUGGACUUUUAAACAAAUAACAAGUUGAAGUUUAUGCAAUAAUAAUAUUCCUUAUUUGGUGGCAAAAUUACAUGCAAUACAAAAUACACAAUACACAUCAAACGCUAUACCACAUUAUAGUCUUCCAAAUUAAACCACAUAUUCUUCUUCUUACAAAACUAGCCAAAAAAAAAAAACCAAUCAACGACUCAGAUCCAACCAUGGCUAAUGAAGAACAAAAGUCAACUCCAAUCUGCACCGUUGAUCCAUACGAAUACCUCCAAUCCAAACUUAACCCAGAUGGUACACUUACUAGGUACCUUGAUGUUCCAUCUACACCUGCCACACCAGAUCCUAACUCUUCUUCCUCUGUUCUUACCAAAGAUUUUACACUAAACUCGACUUACAAUACUUACGUUCGAGUUUUCCUCCCGAAAAUUGCACUAUCGGAUCCUUCCAAGAAACUCCCUAUCGUGGUGUACUACCACGGGGGUGGUUUCGUUCUUUUACAUGUUGAUUCUUUCUAUAAUCAUGAUAUCUGUUGUGCACUUGCAUCACAUGCGUCGGUGAUUGUUGUGUCUGUCGAGUAUCGGUUGGCACCUGAGCACCGCCUUCCAGCUGCUUAUGAUGAUGCUAUGGAUGCUGUGAAGUGGGUUCGUGCUUCGGUGGUUAACAAGGAGCAUAGCACUUCUGAUCCAACUGAUGAGUGGUUGUCCAAGUAUGGAGACAUUAGCAACUGUUUUUUGAUGGGAACAAGUGCUGGAGGGAACAUAGCUUAUCAAACAGCAUUAAGGGCAUCUUAUCUCAUUGACGAUCUCAACCCCUUGAAAUUUAAAGGUGUUAUUUUGCAUCAUCCAUAUUUUGGUGGGUCCGAGCGUACCGGGUCGGAGUUGAGGUUCAUUAAUGAUCCGUAUUUGCCAUUGUCGGGUAACGAUUUGUUUUGGGAGCUGUCUUUGCCCGAAGGGGUGAGUCGUGACCAUGAAUUUUGCGACCCGUUAUCAGGGUUAACGGGUGAUGGAUUGAGUCGGAUAGAAAGGAUCAAGGAGAUGGAUUUGCGGGUGUUGGUCACGGAGUGUAGUGGUGACCCCCUUGUGGACCGUAUAUCGGAGUUUGUUAAGGUGUUGGAAGAUAUAGGAGUUAAUGUGAAGGGGCAUUUUACUGAAGGAGAAUAUCAUGGAGUGGAUAUUUUGGACCAAAAAAAGUGUGAAGAAUUGCUUGUAGUUCUUCAUGAUUUUAUCAACUCCUGCUUGAAUGCUGAAAAUGUUGCGUGUUGAUGAAACAUUGUAAUUUGCAAUUCAAGUCUUUACUACUGUGCUUUUUAUUGAAUCGUCUAAUUUAGCAUAUCAAAAUUUACUUUGAAGUUAUUACCACAAAAAACGUGUACUUUAAAAUUUAUAACAUAAUAAGACAUCAAUCGGUGUUAUACAUAAAAUAAUUUAUAGUUUUGCUUUUAUCUUCUUACAGAUUACUGGUAUUAUU